CCUAGGCUCGAUCUGUAGCGAUCAACCUAAGUUAAUGACGGGUUGUCACACAUGUGAGAUAAAAAAAAAGAGCCGAGGUAUCUCGAUUUUUUAGCAGAAGCAACGGUCUCUUCUCUAUCAAGUUUCGUGAGAAGGAGAGGUGUAAGGGAGGAUGGAGUAGCAGGUGAAGGUUCAGAAGCAAUAUCUUUGUCUCCCUUACGCAUCCUCAAAGCUCAAACCGAUUUCAGAUAAAUCGUUCCACGGGUUCAUUAAGCACUAUGUCCAGUUGCCAAAAUACACGAGAGACUCUUUUUCACAUUUAAAGCACAUUAUUGUUGUGAAUGUAGGAAAAUUACUUGUUAAUCUUAACAUGGUCUCACUCUUAUAACUUCCUGCUCUGAACUCACUACCCAAUUAAUCCUAACAAAUUAUCACUGCUCAGAAGUUUCUUUCUUCGCUGCAUGCGGUUUACUUUACGUCUCUGAAUUAUUGAGAUGCACAUUGGUCCAGCCCAACUUCAAUUAUUGGGACGAACGUGAGGUGGUGUAUAGAUUUAUAUAAUUUAUGGAUUUAGUACAAGCUUAUUUAUUUGUUCUUUUUUUUUUUUAGCGUUCGGUCAAUUUUCUCUCUAUUUUUAGAAAAAUAAAAAUUCUGGCCACCCGACGAACCUGAAAUCCUCAAUUCUCUUAUUGCCAUCCACAAUUAUUGCUUACGCUUCCUUCCAACAGAGUCACGAAAACAGAGAAACAGUCCAAAUAGUUGUGGCUGGCUGUACUCGAUUUCUUUCUGCCACACCCAACCAAUUUCCUCACCACUCAAAAUUUUCUCGUGUGCUGUUUUGCUGUACUUCCGUCACUCAUUGAUGAUAUAUCGACAAUAUGCAUCGCGUCGCGUUGCGUUGCGUGGCGUGGUACUAAGUAAUUAGCCUCUCUCUCUUCUCGAUUUGAUGCGAGCAGGAAUGACGACAAAUGAACUCCGACUCAUAGAUUUUCCUGCUUUGAAAAUCGACGAGUUGGGGUACUGUGCUUAGAUUUUAUCAAAAUUCCAUCCGCAUUUCCGCCCGACCCGCAACCAAACAUAGAAGCGACUUAAUUUUGUAUCUAACAUGAAAAAUACGGAUAAUUUAUGAAUGUUAUUAAUUUUUAUACAGAUAUGUUUGUUAGGAAAUUUUUUGAUCAUAUUGUGAUUGAAAUAAUUUUAAGUUAUGUUCGUGAAAGCAUUAACACCCGUUUGGUUGGGCUGGGUUGGAUUUGCUCUUCUUAAAAUCAUUGAGCAUAUUUUACCGAGUUUAUUAACGAGAUCGAGUUGGAAUUUAGAAAGAAUCCGACCCAACCACCUGACUCGUUGCCAUUCCUACAUGUGAGUCGUGUCGCGCGCAUGCAUUCAUCCUGGCCUAUAAAUACACAUCACCAAAAACCUUCACACCAUCCGCAUUCUAAUCGAACUAAACCGACAAUCCAUACAAACAUACCAAAAAAAAUGGCGAAAACGUUUAGCUUGGCUUCAGACAAGCAAUUCAUCCACACCGCCACCAAAGACGAGAAGACCAGCGCGGGCAAAAUCGUGGCCCUCUACGUCUCCGAGUACAAGGGCGACCAAAACGGUUUCGACAUCACCCGAGCCGGCGACGACGGCUGGGUCGGCCAGUUGGCCCGGGUGAGCAACGACCCGGACCAGCUGCGCCAGGGCCUGGCCACCCACGAGGCGCUCGAGGUUAACGGCGUCACGAUUCAGGGCGAGCGGCUGACGGAGCUGUUCAACGACUUGGCGGUGGAGAGGGAGGCGGACAGGGCGAAGAAGAGCUACCUGAUGACCAACCGCCAGGGGCUCUGUCUGGUCAACGUCGGCGGGUCGACGGUGAAGAAGGUGAGGGUGAACGACUACUUCGGGUGGUCCAAGUACGGGGUCAAACCGGCGGCGGGGGAGUGGAAGAGGGUCGACAUGGCCAAUGGUCAGGAGACAGGUGGCGGAGAUGACUGGUGGAAAUGGCCGUGGCCGUGGCAGUGAGGUGGCGGCACGGGCAGAGAAGUGGUCAGUGUGGAAAUUAAGUCGCCGGCCGGCCGGCCGGCAAUGUUAGUUACGUUCUGGCGUGUACGUUUUAUAAUAAUAAUAAUAAAACUGAUGAGAUGCACGUGGGAACGAGCACAACCACAUUAGUUUAUGUUAUUGCUUGUAAUUUUGUAAUUUUUUUUCAAUAAAAAGGACGAUGGUUUUCUUUAAAGGUAUAAUAUGUUCAUCUACUAUGUCGUCUUAUAAAAAAUGACAUAAAAUAUGUAUUUGUACUUAAGAAAAAUGAUCAAACAUGUCCUUUUGUUAAUAUUUUCAUCCAAAAACAGUCAACCACGGUUGUAUAUAUGAAUGGCUAAACAUCGCUCUAGUUUUAAAGUUAUCGCCCUAAAUUAAAAUAUAAAAUGACUAAACUAACCUUAAUAACUAACAAAAUAAAACACCCAAUCUUCUUUCAUCUUCUUACGGCUUGGCCCUAACCUGCACUCCGAAAACCAUCCCAUCGCCGCCGACUGCUCCAAACACCCAUCCUCCAUCCCGCCAUCGUCGGACUGGUUUGUCAGUGGAGAAGAACAAGGCUAGAGAAAGCGAUCGAGAAUGGAAAUUGUGAGGAGCGUGAUUUAUCAUUCGUCCAGCCUUUGGUGAAGGAGUCGCACCGUGACCCUGGUGUACUCGCGCAAUUUGGCUUGGCCCCUUCUCUCGCAAUUUCUACUUCGAUUCUCCUUUUCCAACACUUGUUUCUCUAUGCUGUGCUUCUCAAUCGAUAGUUUGAGCGGUAAUUCAGCAGAGCGGGCAGUGUGGCUUUUGAUGGAUUAAUUGUUAGCCGGGAUCCAUGAAGCUCUAGUGGGAAAAACUCUGUGAAUUUCGAUUUGGUCGUUGCUUGUGGGUCAAAUUUCCCAAUUUUUAGCUGCUAUGAAUUCGGAGUUCUAAGGUGAAAGGCUCGUAUAUUUGCAGAUGGUGGAGAAAUUAUAUGGUGGUUGAAUUUGAUUCAUCAUGUUUUGCGCUUAGGUGCUUGGGAGAGGUUCAGGGCUUCCUAUUAGAGGGUUUCUUCACUACUGAAGUGAUUUUGAUGGCAAUAUCAAACCUUGAAUUAGUUGUAUUCUUUAUCUGACGAUUACCAAAAACAACAGUAAGUUCCGCAAGAAAUGAUGAAAUGUACAGUUUAUCCGAGAACAUGCUGGCUGAAAAUGGCAUAGGGAGUGUGUUGAGAGUAGAACAGCUGGUCACCGGAGGGCCAAAAUAUGCAGUAAAACUAGGGCGAUAGUCGAUAAAGAACCAAAAUAUUUUUCAAAAUAAAAAGGAUAAAGGGGUAAUUUCCACUCUUAAAUUAGGGCGAUUACUGUAGAGCUAGGGCGAUAAUUAGCAAUCCCCUUGUAUAUUGGUUUGUGCGACACAAAUGUCUGAAAUAUCUCUGGUAAUUUCACUUUAGAAUUUUUUGGGUUCUUUUGUAGAUCCAAGUUACCUCUAAUAAUUUCACUUUAACGAGACCUAGAAAAAUAAAAUGGGGGACAAAAACUAACAUUUUCCCUCUCAUUUGCCGAUGUCGGGUCGUCGACAUCUCGGUUCAACCAUGGUUGACGAUUUUUUUAAUGGAAAUUUUAACAGAAUGACAUGCGUUUGAUAAUUUUUCCAAAGUACAAGGGCAUAUUCGAUGUAAAAAAUAAUAAAGGGUCAUGUUUGAU